GAACGCAGAAUGGAUCGUUGGAAUGGUAAAGUGGCCGUUGUAACCGGUGCCAGCUCAGGCAUUGGAGCGGCAAUUGUAAAGGAUCUUGCCAAAGCCGGUAUGAUUACGAUCGGACUAGCGCGGCGUGUUGAGCGUGUGGAGCAGCUCAAGAAGGAUCUCCCAAAGGAGGCAGCCUCACGGCUACAUGCAAUAAAGUGUGACAUUUCGGUAGAGUCUGAGAUAGAGAAAACGUUCCAGCGUAUCCUGUCGACGUACGGUGGAGUGGACGUGUUGGUAAAUAAUGCCGGAAUCGCGCGAUCAAACAAUCUGCUCGCUAUCGGAACAACGGCAGACUUGCGAGCGGUCUUGGAUACGAACGUAACCGGGCUGGUGCUGUGUAGCCAGUGGGCCUACAAGUCCAUGGUGGAACGGAAAGUCGCGGGACAUAUAGUGCAUAUCAACAGCGUCGCAGGGCACAUUGUGCCUCACAUACCGAAAUUGAACAUUUAUCCAGGCACGAAGCAUGCCGUUACGGCACUGACGGAAGUUAUGCGCCAAGAGUUGCGAGAUGCCGGUACCAAGAUCAAAGUGACGAGUAUCAGCCCGGGUGGCGUGCAGACAGAAAUUCUCAAUUCGGCGGAACUUCCGGAAGGUAUGCCACUGCUCGAAUCGGAAGACAUUUCAGCGGCCGUACUGUACGUGAUUGGUACGCCGCCACAUGUGCAAGUGCACGAACUUAUCAUCAAACCGAUUGGAGAGUUUUUCUAG